CUCCGGUGAUCCGCACAGAAAGGUGCACGCGCGCAUUCAACACGGUUGUGUGGCCCUCGAUCCGAGGUUCUUAGGUGAUUUUGUGGAUUUAUACGAUCAUCGGAAACGGAACGGAUUUGCCUUGCUCAAGCCCCAGAGACCCCAGAGGUUCGGCAGAGCCAAAAAAGCCGUCGGUAUUUUACUUUAUAGAAUUCGUAAUCGCGCAUCGACUUCUCUUUCAUCGUUUCGGUCCUAAAAGUUAAUAUUUAACGCGAUAUACCCAUGUUGUGCGUCAUCCGGCCCAUUUGAUUUGCAAAUUCUAGCCGAGCUUUUCUCGAAAAGAAACCCCAUAAAUCUUGAUUUAAUCAAAGUGUUGAAUAUGCAAUGAUUCUCUGAAUACCUAUGUAAUGGCCAAUGCAAAGAAUAGGCUAUAAUCAAAGCAAAUAGUGUGCAAUAGAAACCCCACCACAUUGGAGCUAAUAAUCUAAGUAAAUACCUAAAUAAAUAUAAUAAGUACAAGUUAUUGUAUGAAAGUGUCAAACAUUGUGGCUGAUCGAAGUGAAUUAUGAAAUAAUCAUUUAUGCCAAACGCUAUUGGAGCUAGCUCUAUAACCAAAUGGAUAUCGCAAAUUGAAUCUUUCGAGCAGAGAGGUAAAAUUGUAACAAAUAUUUGCGAACGUGCGAUCGACGAAAUGUAUGCGGAUAACAAACGUGGCCUAGACAAGGUGACGGCAGCGACCCCGCCCACCCACGCCCUCCAGCAGCAGCAGCAGCAACCGCAUCCCCUCCAGCAGCAGCAACAUCUGCAGCAUGUCCUGCAACUGCAGCAGCAGCAGCAACAGCAGCAGCAACACCUACAGCAGCAACAUCAUUUGCAGCACCAAAUGCACACGCAUCAUAACUUUGAAACGCCAGCAACUCUGUCGCAACAGCAACACAUGCAGCAGCAGCAGCAGACGACACAGCAGCAACAUGCAACACAGCAGCAGCAGCAGCAGCAGCAACAGCAACAGCAGCAGCAACAACAGCAACAGACAGCCGGCAUGUUUACAAGAUUCGAUGCCAACAAAUCGACGAAGGGCGCCUCGAAGAUGCGACGCGAUCUCAUAAAUGCGGAGAUAGCCAAUCUGAGGGAUCUCCUGCCGCUGCCCCAAUCGACGCGCCAGCGCCUCUCGCAGCUCCAACUGAUGGCUCUGGUUUGUGUCUAUGUGCGGAAAGCCAACUACUUCCAACAAGUUUUCAAGCGUCACAAUGCGAUACAUCAUCUCCAUCACCAGACAGCAACACCAAAUAUUGGCUUCUCAAAGGCACUCUCCGGCUUUUUGAUGAUGCUCACACAGAAUGGCAAAUUGCUCUAUAUAUCGGAUAAUGCGGCCGAGUACUUGGGCCAUUCCAUGGAGGAUCUGCUGAUACACGGUGACUCCGUUUACGAUAUCAUUGACAAACAGGAUCACGCAACCAUCCAGGCCGAACUGAAUAGGAACGUGCCGCCGCAGCCGGGUGGCUCGAGUCAGAGUCAGGCGAGCGGCGGUGGUGCCGGUGGUGCUGGCGGUGCCGGUGGUGCCGGCGACUCAACGUCCAGCAAUGGAAGUGCCGGUGGAGCCGGUGGUGGUGCUGGUGGCGCCUCCAGUCUCGAGGGCGAGCAUCGCAUGUUCCUCUGUCGCAUGAAUGUUAGCCGCAAUGCGCGACGGCAAAUGCGUUUCGGCGAUCAAAAGGUUGUCCUGGUCCAGGGUCACUAUUUGUCAUUCCUGCCCCUCUGCAGUCGCAACGAGCCCGUCUUUUUGGCCACCUGCACUCCGAUUGCCAUGCCCGAAAAGGAGUGUGUGGUGCAAGGUGCCACCAACGUCUUCACCACCAUCCACUCGAUGGACAUGAAAAUAGCCCACAUCGACAAGAAUGGCGAGUUCCAUUUGGGAUAUGAUAAGACCGCGCUGCAGGGCACAUCCUGGUACAAUCUCAUCCACAGCGAGAAUCUGAGGGAGGCGCAGAAUAAACACAGAUUAAGUAAGUCAGGACGCAGCUGCAUCCUGCUGGUGCGAAUGCAAAGAUCUAGCGGAGAAUAUACAUGGGUUCACGUGGUGUUACAAGUGCGAGAUAGUCCCGAUUCCACUCAACAACCUGUUAUCGUGUGCACCAACCAAGUACUCAAUGAUCGCGAGGCCUCGAUAAUGCUGGCCAACUCCUGGUUGUAUCACUACUAUACCGUCCAGUCGAUCCAGUUCGGCAUGCCGCUGGACAGUGGGAUCCGUGUGCCGCCGGGAACCCCCUCCAGUGGACUACAGCCCCACUCCUCCCAUCCGCCGGCCACUCCAGGUGGCGCCACGCCCAGCCUGGGCAUAGCCAGUAGCUUUGGCGGCCACCAUCACACGCAUCACUCGCACCACCCGCACCACCACCACCAUCAUCCGCACCACCCGGCAACGGCCUACCAUCAUCAUCCGCACAUGGGAACCUACGGGGGAGUCUAUCACGCCGAGGCGGCCAUCGAACUCAAGGAGGAUCAGCCGCUUUUUAGCUUUCAGGAACCGGUGGACUACAGCCAGGUGACAGGCCAGGUGAAUCCCCCAGCGAAUACUCCCAAUCCGCCCGCAUCCAAAUCGGCCACGCCCCCACCGCCCAAGAAGCGCCGCAAAUUGGAACCCCUAUAUCUCCAUGCCGAACGUUCUCCGGCGGCUGCGAUUACCCCGGAACCCGAUUGCUAUGCCAUCCACACUCAUCCAGCUGCUGCCUAUGCCACCUCAUCAUCGGUGGUCAGUAGCGAUGCCUCGGUUAUAUAUGCCACCAUAGUUCCAACGAGACCGAGGCUACCCAAUAAAUCACUGCCUCCCGAUCCUGCGGAUUUUAUCGAGCAAUGGAAUCCCAGUCCUCCAUGGUCAGAAUCGGCGCAAAAGGCCUCGUUGGAUAGUUUCGGAUCCUCCCACGAGCUGAGUCCCUGCAUCACAACCACGCCCCCCACGCCCACCAGUGCCACCCCGCAUCAAAGUGGCUUGGGAACCACCCAGACCAUAGGACCUGCCUUCAGUUUCGAGUGGAUGUCGGAUCCUCUGGUGCCCGUUACCUACCAACAGUGGCCACCAACCGGGGACCAUCACCAGCACCUUUCGCAGCACUUGAGCCAGAGUCAGAACCAGAGUCACCAUAAUCCUCUCCAGCAGCAGCAGCAUCUGCUCCUGGGACAACAACCACUUCUCCACCAGCAGCAGCAGCAUCAUCAGCAGCAUUUAGCACUUCAUCAUGGGCGUGGGGAGCCAUCUUUGGAGGGGGAAAGCCAAGGAGUGGUGCCACCAAUACCCAUUUCGAUACCGAUACCAACGGCCACGGGCCAUGGGGAUGUCGGGGAACCGGUUGAGGAUAGAGGUUAG